AUGGUAGCGUCAACCUCAACUACUGUCAAGGAAGGAACGACAUCCACUCAGCCUCCUACCACUAGCACGACCAAGGAGGCAUCAACGUCAACUACUGUCAAGGAAGGAACGACAUCCACUCAGCCUCCUACCACUAGCACGACCAUGGUGGCAUCAACCUCAACUACUGUCAAGGAAGGAACGACAUCCACUCAGCCUCCUACCAUGAGCACGACCGAGGUGGCAUCAACGUCAACUACUGUCAAGGAAGGAAGCACUUCCACUCAGCCUCCUACACGUGAGCACGACCGAAGGUGGCAUCAACGUCAACUACUGUCAAGGAAGGAAGCACUUCCGGACUCAAGGCCUCCUAGCACAUAA